GCAAGCAGGGACGGUUAUGCCCUUUACAACACCUCGACAUCCCUUUCUUUAGUCCUGACCGUGUCGCUGCUACACGCUGUCAUGGCGAACUCUUCGCCUACGACUGAAUGGCAGUGCGCUCAACCAGCACAAUCAUCAGGGCACUCUGACCGGACCCGGCGUCUGGGAGAGCCGGAAAACAACCAGAUGACAGCAAGGGCGAAGAGGAGCAGCCUAGGGGAUUGUGAAAAAGCAUCCUGCUGUCCAAAUGGCACAUUGGAGAUUGCAUGCUCCAUUUUCAGCCAAUCUCACAUCCUAGUACCUGCAUAGCACAGUACAGAGGGUUGCAAACUCAACAAUGAGUCAGGGUCAAUCACCUAUCAUCUUCAUUGAUGCCAAUCCGAGCAGUCGUAGCGCGAGGUUCCAGAAUCUGACCCGAUCACAUGCACGCGCACAUGCAGCACGCAUUUCUCAUCCCAAGAAUCGUCAGUACAGCCGCCCUUACCCAGCGUCAAAUACCUCCGAAGAUGACCAAGAUGAGGCGAUGGCUCCUCUCUCGACGACGGUCUCCCUCUUCAAAGGCAACAGAGAUCCAUUCAAUGCUGGUGCCGUGAACUGCUCGCCUCUCGAGUACGCUGUGUUGAACCGGCUAAGGACACUCAUGGUCUCGUUCACAUGGUCAUCAGAAUUGAGUAUGCGGAAAAAUGGGGCCACGCUCACAUCUCAAUUCUAUGGUUCUUUCAAUCUGAUCAGCGAAAGCGCCACGACUCAUGCAUCGGUAUCCGCUGCGAUGUACAUGUGGGAUACGGACCGCAGGAUACAGGGCCGUCCAAGCGGCGACGUGAAUCUUGCCGGCGACAAACAUCAUGGACAAGCAUUGAGAGCCUUGCGACAGCUCCUGGAGGCCAACUAUGCUGCAAAGUCCUUCGAGGAACUAGAGCAGAUCAAAAACACUGCUUUGACACUCGGCAACUGUGCUUUCUACAGUGGUAGGAUCAUCCAGCUUAUGGGUGGAUCAGAGGCUCUACCACGACUUCAAUUGGAAAUGGACGUCUACGGUCUGUUGAAUAUCUCCAUCGUGGUCGGAUGUCGGCCUCUUAUCGCCAGUUCGGAAUUUGACCCUGGCCCCCUAUCUGGUUCGCCACAUCUGUCGUCGCUCGUGCGAUCGUGUGUCGAUGACCGAGGUCCGAGUACCAAGAAAUCCGUGGCUUCUGCAAUGUCCCCUACACUCAUGGCUACACAUGCUGAGAUAAGAGAGCUUCUGGAUGUACAGGGAGCCAAAUUCAAGUACGCAUCUUCGGCAGCCAAGGAGGUUGAGAGCCUCUUCAGAUGGUCCCAUUUACGGUGGAUGGCAGCCCGGACGAGACUAUUUGAACACUGGCGAGACCUAGCGGAUGCUACUAUCGACGGCUCUACGAACAACCAGCUCGAUCUGGCACUGUGCCAGCCGACCAUGCUUUUUGAAAGAUGUAUCUUUGAAGACAUGCAUUCCCUUGAAAUGAGGUUUCAGCUCACUCGGCUUACCUAUGCUAUGGUUGUCGCCAGUCUACAUGGCAUGAAACCAGAAUUUGAUAUCACUCAAGCAGCCACCGACACAAGAAAAUAUGACCUGCUAUGGAUAUACUCCGUCGGUGCAUGA